UUCUCGGCCGCUGUCUCUCUGUCUCCGGAAGUGCUCUCGUGGCUGCUUCCGGUGCCGGUGCCUGGUCUGUGGAAGUGAGUGAGCAGCUGUCACCAUGAGUCGCAGUUACAAUGAUGAGUUACAGUAUCUGGACAAGAUCCACAAGAACUGCUGGAGGAUCCGCAAGGGCUUCGUGCCCAACAUGCAGGUGGAAGGCGUGUUCUACGUGAACGACCCGCUCGAGAAGUUAAUGUUUGAAGAACUGAGGAACGCGUGCCGCGGCGGAGGCGCUGGAGGUUUCCUUCCUGCCAUGAAGCAGAUCGGCAACGUGGCGGCCUUACCUGGGAUCGUGCAUAGAUCUAUCGGGCUGCCUGAUGUGCACUCUGGCUAUGGCUUUGCCAUCGGGAAUAUGGCUGCUUUCGAUAUGAAUGACCCCGAUGCGGUUGUAUCUCCAGGUGGAGUCGGUUUUGACAUUAAUUGCGGCGUCCGCUUGCUGCGUACGAACCUCGAUGAGGGAGAUGUGCAGCCGGUGAAGGAACAGCUUGCCCAGUCCAUGUUCGAUCACAUCCCGGUGGGCGUCGGGUCCAAGGGAGUUAUACCCAUGAGUGCUAAGGACCUUGAGGAGGCUCUUGAGAUGGGAGUGGACUGGUCCUUGAGGGAAGGCUACGCAUGGGCUGAGGACAAGGAGCACUGUGAAGAAUACGGCAGAAUGCUCCAGGCAGACCCCAGCAAAGUCUCCUCCAAAGCCAAAAAGAGAGGUCUGCCCCAGCUGGGAACCCUUGGUGCUGGGAACCAUUACGCAGAGAUCCAGGUGGUAGAUGAGAUUUACAACGAAUACGCCGCCAAGAAAAUGGGCAUCGACCACAAGGGGCAAAUCUGCGUCAUGAUCCACAGCGGAAGCCGCGGCCUCGGGCAUCAGGUUGCAACAGAUGCCCUGGUUGCCAUGGAAAAGGCCAUGAAAAGGGAUAAGAUCAUUGUGAAUGAUAGACAGUUGGCGUGCGCCAGAAUCCACUCCAACGAGGGGCAGGAUUAUCUGAAAGGCAUGGCUGCGGCUGGGAACUACGCCUGGGUCAAUCGCUCCUCCAUGACUUUCCUCACCCGACAGGCCUUUGCCAAAGUAUUUAACACGACCCCCGAUGACCUGGACAUGCAUGUCAUUUACGAUGUGUCCCACAACAUAGCCAAGGUGGAACAGCAUGUGGUGGACGGGAAGGAGAGGACCCUAUUAGUGCACCGGAAGGGAUCCACCAGAGCCUUCCCCCCACACCACCCUCUCAUUGCUGUGGAUUACCAGCUGACAGGACAGCCUGUGCUGAUCGGAGGUACAAUGGGAACCUGCAGCUACGUAUUAACUGGUACCGAACAGGGCAUGACGGAGACGUUCGGCACCACCUGUCAUGGAGCUGGGAGAGCUCUGUCUAGAGCAAAAUCCAGACGCAAUCUAGACUUCCAAGACGUUCUAGACAAGCUUGCUGACAUGGGAAUAGCGAUCCGGGUGGCGUCCCCUAAACUUGUCAUGGAAGAGGCCCCCGAAUCGUACAAAAAUGUGACCGACGUGGUAAAUACCUGCCACGAUGCCGGAAUCAGCAAGAAAGCCAUCAAGCUGCGCCCUAUCGCAGUCAUCAAGGGCUGAUGGACAGAGAGAAGACUCGAGACGGAUACCGAGCCGUAGCCCCCCGCGUCCUCGCAGAGGGAACAGGCUGCUAAUCUCACUAAGUGGUUAUAAAGCUGGUUGUGUUCCAAUCGUUUUUUUUUUCCUGCAUUUUUGAUUUAUAAUUUUGUUUCGGCAGUGCGUUUUUCUUGAUGGAUACGGUGAACCGGCAGUAGCUACCCUAUUGCUUACCUGGCGUUGCAAAUUAAUUUGGCUUAUUAUUAUUUUAUUGCAACUCUUGGCAAUUUUUCUUUUUUUUUUUUUUUUUGUUGCCUUUUCACUUGAUAAACUAUAUCUGAGCCUGAAUUAAUGUCCCAAAAAUGAACCGAUACUUUAAACUGCGAUGUGAUGAAUCAAACCUUGCGCAGCACUUCGUAACGCGGAGCAGCGUUAGCAGCCUUUUGCUUACUCUCUGGGACUGAGUGUAUUUGGUGAACGAACUAAAAUCUAAAGGGCAAAGAGAAUGGGAUCUGCUGCAGGAUUGGGAACCCGCGUGCUUCCCCAAAUUGGCCUAGAAUGAUGGGAGCUGCCCUUCGAUAUUCAACCGAAAAAGAACAUUUUAAAUGCUGUCCAAAUCCUGAGCGUUUCCAUUUACUGCCCAAAUAAAAACGUGUGUGAUAGUGUUUACAGAUUAGCAUAAAUGAUAUGCGUGUGAUAAAUGUGUGUAUUACGGGAGAUGCCAUCUUAAACAGUUGCUACCUAAUUUAUUCCCUUAAUCUUCCUGGCUGUAUAAAUAAAGUAGGGUUUGGGGAAAGUGACAGAUCCAUCUCGGACAAAAAAAAAUAUCCUCUGCAAAGAAUGACAAUUUCAGGGGCUUUGCAUCUGUAAAAUACGCUGUAUUAAAGCACUGUAAGCAAUGA